CCCCAAAAGGCUCCCCUCGUGCUGGCAGGGCGGCACGGAGAUCCCGAGGCUCUUCGCUGGGCGGCGGAGAGUCCGAAGCAGCGCACGAGUACACUGUAGCUCCCGUGGACGUUAUUUUAGGUCUCAAGCCGGCUAGCGCGGGCGUGGGUGCCGACCAAAGGGGUUCCGAUGCGGAACGGCUCGGUAAUGGGGCAGUGCUAGCUGGUAGCGGGGCAGUUAAUAGUGGGGCAGUCAGUGAGCAGCAGAGCGCGGAGCCUGGUGGUGUGCCACGUAAUGGCUCCCGAUCACCCCGUCUGUCGCCACGUCAGCCACCCGCAUUUCAGCUGUCGCCACAACAGCAGCCGCCGCACCACCAGCCGUCGCCAUAUCAGCAGGUGCCGCAUCAACAGGCACCACAUCAGCAGCCGUCGCAUCAGCAGUCGCCAUAUCAGCAGGUGUCACAUCAGCAGGCACAAUAUCAGCAGCCGCCACAUCAGCACCCUCAAUAUCAGCAGCCGCCACAUCAGCCACCGCCACAUCAGCAGCCUCAAUAUCAGCAGCCGCCACAUCAGCAGCCGCAACAGGAAGCAGUCCCGCAGCAGGAGUCUAGCCAAGGACCGAGUCCGAGCCUCAGCCAUACUUCCAGCGUCGGCCCGAGCCAGACUGCGAGCUUCGGCAGCCAGGGAGGGACGCCUGGGAGCGUGCAGAUAGCCGCCACUCUGCUUCAAUUCUCUUAUAACGAGUUGUUCGAGGCUACUAACGGGUUCAGCAGGGAGGGCAAGCUGGGGGAGGGAGGAUUCGGGAGCGUGCACAAGGGGAGGGUGCAUGUCGGUGGGGGCAGGAUGGAGGAAGUUGCUGUGAAGGCGCUGAACCAGGAGGGUUACCAGGGCGAGGCGGAAUGGGUGACCGAAGUGAGGUACCUGGGGGUGUUGGGGCAUCCGAACCUGACCGAAGUGAGGUACCUGGGGGCGUUGGGGCAUCCAAAUCUGGUGCGGCUGGUGGGGUACUGUAUGGAGGGCCAACACCGGCUGCUGGCAUAUGAGCUUAUGGAGUAUGGCAGCCUCGAGAGAUACCUCUUCCGCCGCAACGUGACGCCUCUCCCCUGGAACAUCCGUAUGAAGGUGGCUCUGCAUGCUGCCAGAGGACUCGCCUACCUGCAUGAGGAGACAGAGGCUCAGGUCAUCUAUCGCGACUUCAAGGCCUCAAACAUUCUAGUCGAUAGGGAGUUCAACGCAAAGCUAUCAGAUUUCGGGCUGGCCAAGGAUGGCCCAGUGGGCAGCGACACACAUGUGUCCACACGGGUCAUGGGCACAUACGGCUAUGCUGCUCCCGAAUACAUGCUCACAGGCCAUCUGACUGCCAAAUCUGAUGUCUACAGCUUUGGCGUUGUCCUUCUAGAGAUCAUCUCUGGGAGGCGGGCAGUCGAGCGAAACUUUCCGCCCGGGCAGCAGAACAUCGUGGAGUGGUCGGCGCCGUUCUUUGCCGACCGUCGGAUGCUUGUGAAGAUCGUCGAUCAACGGCUGGAGCACCAGUUCUCGGUGAAAGGGGUGGUCAAGGCUGCCAGGCUGGCUUAUAACUGCCUGAAAAAAGACCCCAAGGAAAGACCCCUCAUGUCAGAUGCUGUUCAGACCCUCUCUGUGCUUCAAAACUUGACAGACUUCCCCCCACCACUACCAGUAGUACCACCAGCACCAUCAGCAUCACCACCGUCAGCAGCAGCAGCACAGUCAGCAACAACAGGCACUGCUUAG